GGGUUGGGGAACUUGGCAGCAUAGCUAAUCACACCACAAUACUAAAAGAUUUAAUAUCAGUACUUCCGUUUUCUAACUGACUUGUGACUUGUAAACAAAGUAACGAAAGACGUGAAAUUCUUGUUCUUCUGUACAUUCUGAAAAUGGAAAGGACGUUAGAAAUGCAACUGGAAGAAUCGUAUGUAGACUAUUGUAGAAGAAAAAUAUAUUUUACCCAAUAAUUAUAAUUGGCUUUUUUUUUUUUUUUAAUUUAAAGCUACGAACUAUAAAUAAAAGUAUAAAAGUAGGAAAGAGAAUCAAAUAAUAACAUUUUUAGUUAAUAAAUUAGUCUCAUCAUCAUAGAGUCAGGCUCAGCCAGGGCAUAUCAUGGCAUAUGUUAUAAAUAAGUUAUAUGGUGGUAGUAGUAGUAGUCUAUGCCACCCCAGUCUAUGCUCUACACCUAUUAUUUGCCUAGUCUAGGCUAUUUGCCAUCAAAUAGGAACUAAAGUAUAAAAUAAUAAAGCCAUAGCAUGGCAAUCUUCAUCCCAAAUAUGGGUUGAUUUUGGGUUAGCAUAGGGUGAAACAUCCCGUAAAAACGGGAUUGUCCCGUUUUAUCAUGAUCAUACCCAGUGUCCCAAAAAAAGUCUCUCGGGACGCUUAAAUGUCCCGUUUCUCAAACCAAAUACAUUUUCAAAUCACUGAAACGUCCUUUUUUAUAAUAUAACUUCAUCAAGUAAUAUUUUUGCUAGCUGUGUAGCCAGUGCCAGUAGGGAUGUGGGCUCACAUGAUGGUUGCACUGUUCCCCCUCCAUCACUCUGCGGAUGCUGCGUUAAUGACAGUGUCACGGCCAUAUCUCUUAUUAUGUUAAUGUUGUAAAAUAUGUGUAAAUAAAUAAUUAUUCACUGCAAAAUUAUUGUUUUGGUUUAUGAUAAGUCUCAGAGUUUAAAUUAAAAUAAAAAGUGAAGGUAUAUUUAAAAAGAAUUCUAGGUCUCAAAAUAGUUAAAAUGAGAAUAUUUCAAUAAACAGUUUCUGGCGGAGGCCCCCGGACCCGUCUUUAACUGGAGGGUAUCCCUCCCCCCCCCAAACCUCCUUGGGUGUGUCCCGUUUUUUUUCCAGUUCAUGAAUUGGUCACCCUAGGUUAGCGGUAAGGCCGGUGAUGUGUUCCAUGGUAUAUAGUUCAUGGAGUUUCCCCUAGGUCAACUUCCGUCUACAGUGCCGUACUUAAAAGAUGUCGAUGUUUUUAUUCACAUAAUGCAAGCUUUUGUUUUCUUUUUGAAAUUUAGAGAGGGGUUUUGAGGAGGGGGCUCGCCUCCCCAGACAAUAUCUUUGGUUCUUAUUUUGGUAUUUGAAAUAAGGGGAGGAGUUUGGAGAGGGUCCUCCCAUCCCCAGUCCCUAGAAGAUCAUUCCGAAUGCAAUUUAAGCAGUAAUUUCCUUUUUGUUACUGAAGUUUUAACAUACAGGUGUUUCAAUUUUCAACAAAUCAAAAUACAGCACCUUUGGCGCUCGUCUUUUUUUUUCAAUGGUGUUGUGUCUUGGGGUAUCAGCAAGGAGAUGUUUCUUUUUUUCUUUCUUUUGAUGUGUGUAAGUUGAAUUUUAAUACAAAUUAACCCUUUAGUUACCGAUGAUGUCGGCGCAACGUCAUGAUCACCUACUUUCAAUUACCAAGGACGUCACUUUGUCAUCAUAACAAAGAGUCAAAAAACUUAUCUGAAAUACCAAGGACGUCAUGUCAGCGUCAUAUUUCAAUGCUAUAUAUUUUUUUAAUCGUUAAUCUAUAUAGAAGUUAAUAAGCGAAUCAGAUAGAGUAUGAAAAAUACCAGAAAUUUCUUCUUUAAAAAAGUUUUUAUUGCUGAGUCAGCAAAAAUUGAUGCCAAAACCAACAGCAAUGAAAUGGUUAAUGGAAAAUUUCAUUUUAAUAUACUUCAUAUUAACCGUAUUUUUUAUGAAUACUCAGUAAAGAACAGGAAUGUUAUUACACACAUCGUUCGGGUCCUACAAUUAAUAAGUCUAUUCACCCUAAGUCCAGUACUGUCUAGUGUUGGGAUUCCUCAAAGUGACGUCACUGCGCUUAGGGUGAGACAACUCUUGGCAAAACCUAUACCGUUAACCCAAAAUUUACCUCAAAACACUAGUAAAACAAAUCAAAUAAGAAGUUACUUGGCCAUUCAAUAAUUUUUUAUCCACUUGGUCAAAAAUGAUGUGUCACUCGUCACCUUUAAGAACUGUCCGAAAACAUGUUCUUUGUGGCUCUAACACCACUGGAAAAUACACAAGUUGCUUUGAAAAAUGCUUGUUCCACAAUUUAAGCCUGCAUUCAAAGUCCCUCAUUAGUCAUUGUGAAUUCCUGGGUGAAUGGGAUGUACGAAAUCUUGGGCAUGCACUAUAACAUCAUGGUUAUAAACUCAAGUAUUUAUUUGAUUGACGUUAGCAUAGCCAGCCCAUGCAUCAGUAACAAUGACAUUGCCUGGAAGUACAUGAAUGACAUUAUCAGUUGAAAUGCGUUAAAUGCAUUCAGGUGUUGGCGCAUUGCUCAGCACUACAAUUGCCAACCAACAUCGACCGGUAACACAUUCAAUAAUUCCUCAUGUUUAUCAAAGUAUAUUAAACCCCUGCAAGUUUCCAAGCUACUUGUAUGCUUUCCAGUGAUGCUUUUAUAACAACAAAAAAUAGCAUAGUGAGACUAUAGUUUAUCAAAUAAGACUCUUAAUUAUUAAUUGCAUAGUUGUUCUCAUUUGGCCUAGAUAAUUAAUUAAUUAUUAAAUUAAUAUAAGACCUAAAAUAAUUAAAAACAACAAAGAUGAAAAAGUUGGUCAAAACUAAAUUAACGAGGUCAAUGUAAAAAAAAAUACAGACAUAGGCGAUAGGUCUAUUUUUAAUAAUAAUUUAAAUAAGCCUAAGGUCUAAUGUAAAUGACAGUUAUUAUGAACUGGAUUUGUGAGGAUGAUUUUUUAUUUAUGUAUGAUAUAGUCGAAGUUGUUGAUCUUGAGUUGGUGAAUACAGAUAUUGCGAGUUAGUUCAUGGAGUUAUCAGUUAUAGUCAGUAUGUUGAGUUCUUAGAGUGGUUCCUGGUUAGUGUGUUAAGUUCUGUUGGAUCUUUGUAUACUUUUUAUUUUGUGAAUAAAUAAGAAGAAAAUCAGACAGUGUGGUGAGUUGGUAAAAAUUAAUAGAACAUAUGUGGCAGAAAAUCCACUUGACAUUUUGAGCCAACGAACUACCUGCCAGAAUACAGAGGGAGCUUACGGUCCAGGCUUUGACAAGAGUUGUCUCACCCCAUGUGCAAUAACGUCAUGGCAGACCUAGAUUUUAAAAUGUACUGCAGAAGCCACUUUACUUUGAGUUUCAUAGAAGUAAAAGUUUAAGUUUUGUUUGGAGCAAAAAACAAUUCAUUCAAUGGGAAAAGUUGGUUCAAACUUUUACAUAAACCUUAGCCUCUUUCCACUGACCUCAGAACUCAGAAGGUUAAAAUUAUUAGUUACUUUAUUGGGCCUGAACUAUUACAUAAUUUUGUCAUAUUAUGCAAAAGAGAUUCCUGUGAAUUGUGAUGUGGAAUAGUUGCCAUGGAAUAUCAAUAUGGUACACUCAAAACUUGAAAAAAGUAGUAGAUGGUGCAACAAUUCUAAUCAAGAUUAAGAAGUCAAAAGUUAUACUUUUAAACAAAUAAUUUAGUGUACCAAUAGGCCCCUAGUCGAGUGACUUCUGCCUUUUUCACUCCUUCAAACACUGCUGUACGCCAGUUGGAGCGAUGUUCGGCAAUGAACUCCCAUUCGUUUGUUUCAAUAUUGGCUUCCCUCAUGCUUCGUUUGCAAACGGCAAUAAAUCUCAGGCGCAGUCGUCCAAUAUGUCUUGUCCCCUCUGCCAACUCUCCAUACAGCAGAAUCUUUGGGAUACGUCCUUCAUCCAUUCUCCGUACAUGACCUAACCAGCAAAGGCGUGUCUUGAUAAGAAAGGAGAAUAUGCUAAACAUGUGUGCAUGUUCCGAAACCUCCACGUUAGGCACCCUGUCCUGCAAACGAAUGGGCAAAAUGCGACGCAGACAUCUUUGAUGGAAGCUGUUGAGUUUCUGCUCCUGACUGGUAUAUGUGGUCCACACUUCGCUACCAUAUAGGAGCGUGCUAACUGAUAGACACUUAUUUUUGUUUUAUUAGUUAGAUUGAGAUUAUUCCACACCCGCUUAUUCAGUUUAGCCAUAGUUGCUGCAGCUUUUGAUAUCCUGAUAUUUAUCUCUUCAUCAAAGGAGAGAGAACUAGAAAUAUUGGAUCCCAGUUAUAUGAAAUGAUCAACAACUGAUAGAUUAUGACCCUCAAUAGAUAUAUAUAUAUAUAUAUAUAUAAAAUAGUAUGACUGUGUGUUGCAUGGGCCCGGGAAAGAAAGAUAUGUUAACAUACUUCUUAAAAUUUGUCAAAUAAAUUUAAUAAAAAUUUAAUUACUUUAAUUGCUAGUUACUUGAUAGUUGUAUGCUCAUUUAAUUGAUCCCUUUCUAUUUCUAAUUUUGUCUCUAGAAUUCAUAAUCCUGGAAUUACAGGGGUUCUUUGUGUGGAUAAUAAUGGCCUAUGUUUGGGAGGUAACAUACCACAAUUAUAUAAAUAUUUUUAUGGUUUAACAGACAACACAAUUAGUUACAUAUAUUGUUGGUUCAAAUUGAGCAACAAAAGUUUCUUGAAGUAUUUUAAUGUUAAUAGAUUUAAAAAAGGGCUGAUGCUUCCUGAUAGCCUGAUACUCUGUAUAAAGAGUGCUUAAAUUGUUAAUACUACAAGUCACUUAGCAUAUAUAUUUUAAAAUAUUAAAAAAAAAAUGUUUGGUUUUUGAUAAAGUUUUUAAAGUUAAUUUAAACAUCUCUAUCAUGUUUUGCAAAAAAAAAAAAAAAUUAUUUUAAAUUGUGUUGAAAUAAUCUGAAAACUUUUACCACAUAUUUUAACCGGCUUGAGACAGUUGGGUCGAAUGAUAAAAAAGUCAAAUGGCAGAUCCAUCAGCCCAAUAAUUCAGGCCUCGGGAUUGGCUGGCUGGUCUUUUUACCAGCUAAUCAGUUUACUCCCUGCAUUUUUUGCUCAUCUCACCAUUUUAAUGUUGUCUUACGUUGUAGAUUACAGUGUUCUGUUAAUUUAUAGCAAUUUUUUUGUACGUAGCAACCCCUAUAAAUGCUAAAAAAAUAUGCGACUUGAAAUAUGCCAAAAGUCAUAAGCACCCACAUUGGAAUAUUCAAUGUAGAUUUUCACACUGAACUUCAUUUCAAAUUUUUGUUAGGACUUAUUUAGGCUUCAAGAAUAAAACAAAUUUAAUAAAAUUUCUUCUUCUUCUUUGUCUAUAUAUUAAGGGCCUACAAUCAAUUUAUUGAUCAUUCGACAAGUAAGACAUGUUUAUUCGAAGUUUACAAAAAAAUUGCAUGCAUUAAUUAUUCAAAUCAGGAUAUCUUAUUGCAUAAAUGUUGAGGUUUCAGUUUGAUUCAUAACAUCAUAUUAGUUUAUUCAAUACCCUACCCAAAUAUAUAUAGUUUUAUAUUUGUCAAAUAAUUAGGUUUUUCAAAAAAAUACGUUUUUGCAACAUAAGUUCAGGGCUUGUGAAAAAGGAUCUUCUUGGCACACACAGUCCAAAAAGUCUCAGUCUCAAGAGGGUUAAUUUACCUAGUACUCGUAAUUACCUUUUCACCUAAUUAUUUCAUUUGUAAAAUAAAUCCAUUUCAGCCAAAGGUUCUGCACCCCUUAAGGCAUGUGGCUCAAUCAGUGCCCUGGCUGGCCAGGCAGCUAAACUGGCAAAUCCAAAUGGACCAACCCCUGUCAUUUGUCUGGAGUCAGAACAUGGGUAAUGUUUAUUUUUGUCUACUUAUGACAUCAUUUUUAAAUGUGUCAAUUUCUGUAGGCAAAACUAGUUAUCAAUGCAUAGAUUGGUCCUACAGAAAGUCCUACACCCUACCUGCCAGCCUUUAAACAAUAGACCUACAGAAAGUCCAACACCCUACCUGGCAGCCUUUAAACAAAAGACUUACAAACAGUCCUACACCCUACCUGCCAGCCUUUAAACAAUAGACCUACAGACAGUCCUACACCCUACCUGCCAGCCUUUAAACAAUAGACCUACAGACAGUCCUACACCCUACCUGCCAGCCUUUAAACAAUAGACCUACAGACAGUCCUACACCCUACCUGCCAGCCUUUAAACAAAACAGUCCUACCACCUACCUGCCAGCCUUUAAACAAUAGGCCUACAGACAGUCCUACCCCCUACCCGGCAGCCCUUAAACAAUAGGCCUACCGACAGUCCUACCCCCUAACCUGGCAGCCUUUAAACAAUAGACCUACAGACAGUCCUACACCCUACCUGCCAGCCUUAAAACAAUAGACCUACAGACAGUCCUACACCCUACCUGCCAGCCUUUAAACAAAAGACCUACAGACAGUCCUACACCCUACCUGCUAGCCUUUAAAAAAAGACCUGAAGACAGUCCUACACCCUACCUGCUAGCCUUUAAACAAUAGACCUACAGACAGUCCUACACUCUACCUGCCAGCCUUGAAACAAUAGACCUACAGACAGUCCUACACCCUACCUGCCAGCCUUUAAACAAUAGACCUACAGACAGUCCUAUACCCUACCUGGCAGCCUUUAAACAAUAGACCUACAGACAGUCCUACACCCUAACCUGGCAGCCUUUAAACAAUAGACCUACAGACAGUCCUACACUCUACCUGCCAGCCUUAAAACAAUAGACCUACAGACAGUCCUACACCCUACCUGCCAGCCUUUAAACAAAAGACCUACAGACAGUCCUACACCCUACCUGCCAGCCUUUAAUAAAAGACCUGAAGACAGUCCUACACCCUACCUGCUAGCCUUUAAACAAUAGACCUACAGACAGUCCUACACUCUACCUGCCAGCCUUGAAACAAUCGACCUACAGACAGUCCUACACCCUACCUGCCAGCCUUUAAACAAAAGACUUACAGACAGUCCUACACUCUACCUGCCAGCCUUUAAACAAAAGACUUACACACAGUCCUACACCCUACCUGCCAGCCUUUAAACAAUAGACCUACAAACAGUCCUACACCCUACCUGCUGUCCUUGAAACAAUUGUCCUACAGACAGUCCUUGACCAUACCCAUUGCUCUUUAUUGAUUAAUAUAAUAGUGGCCUCCCCCUAAAGAAAGAAAUCAACCUGAGCUGAGUUCAGAUGUCACACAUGAAAGUUUGCUGGUGACAGUUUCUUUUUCACUCAGUACUAUUAAUAUAAAACAUGUGGAGUUGGGGGAGGGCUGGUUGUGAAGAGAAAGUAGGACACACCAUAAACAAAAUAUGUAUUUGAGGUGUUUUUUUUAAAAACACUUUGUGUGGCCUCCGUAAAGACGCUGUGGUUUCCCAGGGUGUCAGAGUACACAGUCUGGAAACCUCCGCCUUAAAGUCAUCUUUAAAAUAAAUGAUAAAAGAGUAUGAGGGAAUAAAUUUUAUUUCCCAAAGUUGCACUCUUAAAUAGCAACAUUUUAAUAUUUUAAUACUUUUCUAUGACCUACUAGGAUUGUGCUCAUCAAGAAGACAGACAAACUUACCACGGCACUGUUCAAGUCCAGCUGAGUUGAUGAAUUGGGAUGUUAUCUUGUGUACAUUAAGUGUUUAACAAAUCUUUUCAUGUAGGAUUUUAGUUGAUUUAUUUGAUGUUUUUGGCAAAGAUUUUAAUGGCUGUAAGCUCUUCAAGAGAGAUUUAAUUUAAAAAAUUGCUUUUAAGUGGUAGAGCUGAGUCUUAAAAUAUAUAUUGAUGGGAAAAUAAGCAAAAUAAAAAUAGAAAAGUGGAAGGGGGUUGGAAAUGGUUUCAGUUUUAUUUACAUAACAAAUUAAAACAUCUGUUCUGCAUUUAACUUAUUUCACUUGUUUUAAUUGACAACUGCAUAAGUUCAUCAUGAACUUUUAAUGUGUUGUUUUUUUUCCAUUCAAUCUUACAUGUGUUAAUGAUGUGUGAAUAUGAAAAAUAGAUCAUAUAGAUUGAUGUUUGAAAAAAAGGUAUCUAUAACUGUGUGAAUAAAAGGUAUCUAUUAAUAUUUGAAUAAAAGGUAUAUAUUAAUGUGUGAAUAAAAGAUAUUAAUGUUUGCAUCAAACAUGUUAAAUGUAAUUGCUAUGAGGAUAAUUGGAUUUUCAUAUUUUAAUAAUUAUUUAAGAUUUAAAAUUAUAAUGCACAGAUUAACUGUUGAAAAAAUUGAAAUAAAAUAUUUAAAAAAAAUAA